GGACAGGGGGGAGUCGGGAGAGUGGGAGAAAGGCAUUAGGAAAAAAUGAAAAAACAGUUUCAUGUCGGAGUGCUUUAAAUAGAGAAAAGGAAUAAGGAAGCAACCAGCCUGCCUCAAUUCUUUAAAGGUUCCUUGCCACACCUUUGCUCAGGCCAAUUUCUCUACUCUGGCAUGGACUAAAUCAGUGAUCAGAGUAAGAGGAGAGAAUACUCUAGCUCCUUAACUAUUUAUAUCUGCCUAUUGACUACCUACAGUGGCAAAUCCUCUGGGUCGCUUUGUCCCAGAGAGCGCUGAUCUCAACUGAACUUGUUCCCCUGAAAUUGCACUUUACCCACCGGGUGGUUUGGGAGCCAUCUCCAGGGUACAUCCCAGCUCCCUGGCAGGCUUUACUCUUCCUUUCCUGAGCAGCAGCAGCUGCGUCCUGCCUCUGUUUCCUGUCCUUGGUGUGCAAGGCUAAGCCUCUUCUCGUCACUCCCUACACACACACACACACUCUCUCCAUACACCCACACACACUCCCGUUCACUGCCAUCCAGGAAGCACCCAAAUAAAGGAGCGCUCGAUCCUCGGUCCCCUUAAACAUCCCUGGUCUCGUCCAUCCCUCACCACGGACGGCAGCACCAUGACCUCCAUGUCCAGCCUGUUCUCCUUCACCAGCCCAGCUGUGAAGCGUCUGCUGGGCUGGAAACAGGGGGACGAGGAGGAGAAGUGGGCAGAGAAGGCUGUGGAUGCCCUGGUGAAGAAACUGAAGAAGAAGAAGGGAGCCAUGGAAGACCUGGAGAAGGCCUUGAGCAGUCCAGGACAGCCCAGCAAGUGCGUAACCAUUCCUCGGUCUUUGGACGGGCGUCUCCAGGUGUCCCAUCGCAAGGGCCUCCCCCACGUCAUCUACUGCAGGGUUUGGCGCUGGCCCGACCUGCAGUCGCACCAUGAGCUCAAGCCCCUGGAAGUGUGUGAAUACCCGUUUGGCUCCAAGCAAAAGGAGGUCUGCAUUAACCCCUACCACUACAAAAGAGUGGAGAGCCCAGUGCUCCCGCCGGUGUUGGUGCCACGCCACAGCGAGUUCAACCCCCAGCACAGCCUCCUGGUCCAGUUCAGGAACAUGUCUCACAACGAGCCCCACAUGCCGCUGAAUGCCACGUUCCCCGAGUCCUUCCAGCAGCAUAGCGGGGGCAGCGGCUCCUCCUUCCCCAUCUCCCCCAACUCUCCCUACCCCCCCUCACCGGCAUCCAGCGGAGGGGUGGUCACCUACCCCAACUCUCCAGCCAGUUCUGGGCCGUCAAGCCCCUUCCAAAUGCCAGCUGACACCCCGCCCCCGGCCUACAUGCCUCCCGAUGAGCAGGUGGGUCCGGAGGGGUCCAUGGAGACCAGUAGCAGUGCGGGGCCCAGGAACAUGCCUAGUGGAGAUGUUCAGCCAGUGGAGUACGAGGAACCCAGUCACUGGUGCUCAAUCGUCUACUAUGAGCUGAACAACCGAGUGGGCGAGGCCUACCAUGCCUCCUCUACCAGCGUACUGGUGGACGGCUUCACAGACCCCUCCAACAACAAGAACCGCUUCUGCCUGGGCCUGCUCUCCAACGUCAACCGCAACUCAACCAUUGAGAAUACGCGGCGCCACAUCGGCAAAGGGGUCCAUCUCUACUACGUGGGAGGGGAGGUGUAUGCAGAGUGUCUGAGCGACACCAGUAUUUUUGUCCAGAGUCGGAACUGUAACUAUCACCACGGCUUCCACCCCACCACUGUCUGCAAGAUCCCCAGUGGCUGCAGCCUGAAGAUCUUCAACAACCAGGAGUUUGCACAGCUAUUGGCCCAGUCUGUCAACCACGGCUUUGAGGCUGUCUACGAGCUCACCAAGAUGUGCACUAUCCGGAUGAGCUUUGUAAAGGGCUGGGGAGCGGAGUAUCACCGACAAGAUGUCACCAGCACCCCUUGUUGGAUAGAAGUGCACCUCCACGGCCCCCUCCAGUGGCUGGAUAAAGUCCUAACACAGAUGGGCUCUCCUCUCAACCCCAUCUCUUCAGUGUCUUAAUGGUGUGCCCCCCCCAACUGGCUUGACUGGGAGCUUUUAUACACAAUUUUUUUUUUUUUUACGUUCAAAUUUUUUUUUACUUUUUUUUUGUUCCCCAAUGUUCAGUGAGCAAAAAGGAGGUCUUAAAAGGCUGAACUGUUUACAAGAUCUGGCUGCAGAAGGGAUAUUGAACCCGCAGCAGAUUAAUGUUGAGAGAGAGAGAGAAAGAAACUGAGGCUACAAGCAGAUGAAAACGCAGCAGAAGGGUGUUCUGUGUAGCGGCACAACAAUAUGGACAAACUACUGCUCUGAGUUCACUACCAUCCAUGUGCUUCUAUUCAGAGUAGUACGACUGGAAAGGAAGUACUUUAAUGUUUUGCAUAUUUUUUUUUUAUGUUUGUGAAUGAUUUUAUCUUUCUGUAUGUAUUGUUUUUAAAAGAAAAUGAUGAUUCUGUGUAUCACUACUUCUACACCUUUACGACAGUUGAACCCUUUGCAAUUUUACUCUGAAAACAUAUUUUUCUUUCUUGCAUCUUGUCUAAUGCCAGAUAUUUUACAUUGAAGGUAUAGAUUCCAUUGUUUACUAUUGACUCAGAUCUCAUAACAAUGUUUGCUUUUUAUAGUUUCUAUUGCUAGAAAUAAAACACUGAGUUACUGGCUUUUAAAUAAAGUAUGUCUAACUGAAAA